AUGACAGCUGUGCCAUUGCAGAAUUCAUCCUGGGGGUUUCGUCUUCGCUCCCUUGCUGAGGCUUCUCUGGGGAUAGAUUUCGCAUCAACUGCCUAUCCUUCUAUUCAAUCUGUGUCCUACCUGAUUAUUGUCUUUCCACUCUUGUUGCUAGUUUAUGCUCUUCAACGCCCCAAGUCCCGGCUACCACUUGCGAACCCAAGAAGGUUCUUUGAACUCUCGGACAGUCGGGUCAAAAGGGAGUUCAUCUCCGGUGCCCCUGACAUAAUAGAAAAAGGCUUCAGCCUCACUGGCAACAAACCCUUCCGUAUCAUUGCAGAUAUAGGGGAAGUGACUAUUCUCCCUCCGAGCCUGGCCAAUGAGGUCCGCAACAAUAAGAACCUCAGCUUUGCCAAGUACAUGUACCGGAAUUUUCACGCACAUCUCCCUGGAUUCGAGGCCUUCAUUGAAGGAGGGCGGGACUCACGUCUGGUGAAACAUGUCUCCCAGCGUCAGCUUACGACCACCUUAAACAAAAUUACUGUGCCCCUGUCCGAAGAAUGCUCUUUGUCACUCCAAGAAAUCUUCACUGAUAAUGAAUGGUGGCAUGAUAUCGUUCUCAAAGAUGACAUCAUCCGCAUUGUCGCUCGUCUCUCAUCAAAGGUCCUGCUAGGAGACGAACUGUGCCACGACGCCCGGUGGUUGAAGCUCACAGCACAAUACACGACAGUGGCAUUUCAAGCCGCGCAGUACCUCCGUAUCUUUCCAUACUACAGUCGCUACUUUAUCCAUUGGCUUCUGCCCGGCUGUUGGAGUGCUCGAGCCCAAGUAAAGGAGGCCAGGUCAAUAAUCGGGCCUGUUUUGAAACAGCGGCGCAGGCAGAACGCUGCCCUUCAGGCGCAAGGCAAGAAACUGGUGGAGUACAAUGAUUCCAUCGAGUGGUUCGAACAGGCUGCCAAGGGAACCUACUAUGAUCCUGCCAUCUCGCAACUGAUGAUGAGUUUCAGCUCCAUUCAUACUUCCGCGGAUCUCAUUACACAAACUAUCUUCGAUCUCGCUGAGCAUCUGGAAAUGAUUGCGCCUCUACGCAAGGAGAUUCUAGCGGUCCUCGGCGAGCACGGCUGGACAAAGAUCGCACUAUACAAGCUCAAACUGAUGGACAGCGUCGUCAAGGAAACACAACGUCUCAAGCCUGUUCUCUCAGCAAGCAUGCGUCGCGUUGCUACGGCGGACGUGAAGCUUUCCGACGGCACUACAAUCCGCAAAGACUCCAUGGUUGCCGUCUCGGCAAGGGGUCAACGCGAUCCGGCAGUGUACAAGGACCCUGACCACUGGGACGGCUAUCGGUUCUACAAUAUGCGGCAGACUGCCGGUCACGAAUGCGUUGCACAGCUAGUUAGUACGAGUCCAGAUCAUCUGGGCUUCGGACACGGCCAGCAUGCGUGUCCAGGUCGCUUCUUCGCCGCCAACGAGGUCAAGAUUUUCCUCUGUCAUUUUCUACUCAAAUAUGACUUCAAGCUGGCAGAAGGAUCUAUGCCCCGGCCGAGAUGCUCUGGUUUCCAUAUCAACUGUGAUCCAGUUGCGAAGAUCUCUCUCCGCAGGCGUCAGGGGGUUGAUCUGUCGGUACUGGAGGCGUAG